AUACGACUCUCCGCAAAGCCGGAUCGUUGCGCAUGGAAGAUGUUAUCUCUCACGAGCAAUCACUCACUUUUACUCGCCAAAUCGUCACUGCGGCCGACUUGGCGGAGUGGUCAGAUGCCACCUUAGACAGUGCCGGUCGCUUGACAGACGCGCACGCCUUCACCGGCUCCUCGAAUGCAGACACUCAACCUCUCAAAUUGAAGCAGCUUAUCUUCACUGAUUCACAACAUUCGUCCCAGCGCUGCAAAUGCUUCGCUUUUUCGGCAGACGGCAAGCUUCUCGCCGCAUCGUUCGAGAGUAGCGACAUCCUUGUAUGGAGAUUAUCCGACGGUCUGCUCGUUCAACGUCUACAUCGUCAGGGCCAUACAGACCGGGUUAUGGCCCUCUCCUUUUCCCCCGUCGAUUAUACUCUUGUCUCAGGGUCUAACGACAGGACCGCAAUUGUGUGGGAUACUCGAUGUGGUCGCGUACUUCUACGACUGGGAAGACACAAUGGAACAGUGGAUAGCAUUGCAUAUGCUCCCAAUGGCACGGCUAUCGCCACUGGCUCUGGAGGCGGCGACAGAUCCGUGAAGAUUUGGGACGCGUUGAUUGGAGCAUACCUGCAUUCCUUCAGCGUCGAUGAAGACGUGUACAGUCUCGCGUUCUCCCCAGACGGCUCAUUUCUCUGCGUCGAACUAGAUACGUCCUGCAACAUCUAUGGCAUCCAUACCUAUACACGCGCUGCUACGCUGCAGCACGUUGUCGGGAAGAGGCUCUUCUCGUCGAUGUCUCACCAAGUUGAUCGCAUAGUCACCGCUCCGGAUUCGGACGACCCGGGACAAGUGAAGAUCUGGAGCACGGUGACCGGCGAAGAGCUUCUCACGAUUGAUCAUUCGAUGCGGCUCUCAUAUCCUGUAGCAUUCUCCCCGAACGGGGCCGAGGUGGUGGCGGGUUGUGAGGCGGACACGGCAGCCGUCACCUAUGACUCACGAACAGGCCAGCUACGUCAUGUCUUCAAGCUGACAAAGCCGGCACAUCUUGCAGCGUACUCCCCAGAUGGACACUAUAUCGCCUUUGGUGCCAGGUUCGGCAGCCACGUUGAACUGUAUGAUGCGAAGUCUGAAGCUUUUCUCGCAAAUUUUGAUGGGCAGGAAGAAGCUGGGCUCAUUUCCGAGAUUCGGUUUUCAUCUGACAGUCACGCACUCUUAGCACGAUUCGAGUGGGGACCCUUACUUCUGUAUAACGUUCAGGACGUAUUGCGCAUGCGAUAGCGUAGUAUUAGUGCGACAACAUCUGCUUAGUUCAGUGUAAUAUAACAUUGCGAACGCAGAUCACACGUAGCGAGCGAACGCUGUGUGUGUGCGUACCGCUGCGGA